AUGCGUUUUCGCUUCGAAAAGACAUUUGUUACAAUACGUACUGAGCUUCUCGCUCAUUUCACUGAACAUGGCAUGCCGCCAGAUGCCGCUCUGGACUGCAACGUCCCUGGCGGGAAGCUGAGCCGAAGAAACAGCGUUGUUGACAUAGUCAAAAUUUUGAAGGGUCGCUUGUUGAUAGAUGAUGAGUACCUGAAGGCUGCCGUUCUCGGCUGGUCCAUUGGGUUUCUGCAAGCCGUCUUCCUUGUCUCCGAUGACUUUAUGGAUGGUUCUAUCAGUCGACGGGGCCAGCUGUGCUGGUAUUGUCGAGAUGACGUCGGGACUAUUGCGAUCAAGGAUGCACUGCUUUUGGAGGGUAUUAUCUAUCGUAUGCUUCACGCGCACUUCAGGGAUCUCAUAUAUGAGGUGACCCACAUGACAGAAAUGGGUCAACUUGUGGACCUCAUUACUGCACCACAAAACAAGGUUGAUCUCAGCAAGUUCUCACUCGACCGACAUCGCCUCAUCGUAACGUAUAAGACAGCAUUCUACUCAUUCUACCUCCCCAUUUCGAUGGCCAUGCUGAUAUGUGGAAUUUCCUCAGACCCCUCGGACCCCUCCGAUCCUUACAAGCUCGCCUCGAGAAUCCUUCUCCCUCUUGGAGAAUAUUUCCAACUCCAGGACGACUACCUCAAUUUCGUUGGUACGCCCGAACAGAUUGGAAAAGUUGGCACAGACAUCGUCGACAACAAGUGCUCCUGGUGCAUUAAUGUCGCCCUCAAUGCAAAUUAUGGUAGGAAGAAUCCUGAAUGCGAGAGAUGCGUAAAGGAUGUCCUCGAGGAAGUUGGCAUUCACGCUCGCUACGAGGAGUAUGAGGACACGCAUGGCAGAAUUAGUGCUCUCAUCGAUGAAUUGCCUGAAAUUUGGAGCAUGCCUGGAGAAGCCGCUGUCAGACGAGAGGUAUUCAGGACCUUCUUGGAAAAUUUCUACAAGAGGAAAAAAUAA